UCUUGUACCGUCCGCUUUUCCUCGCGGAGGGGAGGAUAUUCCGACAAGCGGCGGCCGUCCGGCGAGGCGAGGCGGCGGAGCGGAAGGUGGGAAGAUACUGUAGCAGAAGAUGCCUGCAAUUUUCAAUGGCGGAGGAGGAGGGGUUGCCCAACACGCCAUCUGAUUAGGUUUCCAUUUUUAUAUAUUUUUUGGUCUCCCCCUCUCCCCCGAUCCCCUCUUCUCGCCGGUCGCCCCGAGAGGCUACGAUGCAGGCCGCUGCGCCAUGGAGGAGCGCGCUGAGGACGACCCACCUGUGGGUGGCUGCGUCCUCCUUCCACUCCACGCCCGUCUCCUCCGCCAAGUGGAAGGGCAAGUUCGAUUGCAAGCAUGAACAUGGAGCACGGAAGUUAUCCAAGAAUUAUGAGAGAUAUGUUGUUCGUCAAAGACGAGCAGAAGGAAAAAAGGCCCUAAAAGAUUAUCUUCUUUAUGGAAAGAGUUCACCUCAUGUACAGGGUGGAUGUACAGGCAGCUUUUCUAAUUCGCAUGAUAUCCCACAAUUCAAAACUUAUAGGAAAGGACCACGGUCUCAUGACUCAACAAAGUCGAGGCAAAGUGUACACCAUCACAGAAAAAGUAAAAAGGACAGGGAGAGGUUCUACAAUUUCUUCCGUGAGGAGUAUCAUGUGCAUCCUGACAAUAUCUUUGAAACCAUGUUUGGUGAGAAUCAUCGUUUUACCUGGUCUCAUAUAUCGUGGGAGAGUUUUACCUUCAGAGAUUCAUCGUCCAGCUUUAGAUGGACUGGUGAGUCACAGAGAAGAAGAGUUUCUAACGAUAGUGACGAUGAAAGCAAGGAUGGCACCAGUGAAAGAACCAACAUUGGGUCACAUGCACACAGGUCCAUCCUUGGAUUACCACCUCGUGGUCCACUAACUCUAGAUGAUGUCAAAACUGCUUUCCGGGCGUCUGCACUGAGGUGGCAUCCUGACAAGCACCCAGGCUCAUCGCAGGCUGUUGCUGAAGAGAAGUUCAAGCUUUGUGUCAACGCAUACAAUUCUCUCUGCAAUGUCCUGAAGGCUGCUUAGAUUUACGCUUGCAUCGAUGGAGGUUGAAGCUUGCAGUUGCAGUCCCUGGAGGCUGUGAACUCACAGGAACAGCUUCCCAAGGCUUGUAGUUGAGAAGCUGGAGUGGCCAAGCAUGAGGCA